AGAUACCAAACAUUCCUUUGACGUUGACAUUAUUCGUCUCCAUUAAGCUAACAAAGCUUUCAGUACUACAACGAGAAUUAAUAGGAACUCUUCUAAAUUGGAGGUAAAGAAGAGAAUACCGUUUCCGGGUAAACAUUUUGCAUGUGAAAACGCUAGUCCACUGGUUUAUUGACGAUGUAGAAGAGAUUCACAUGAUGAUUUGACGUACAAAGCAUGAUGACAUAGGUCUGAACAGAUCAUGGUACGGGGGCUGGUAAGGGAGAGAACUGUCAACUUGAUCCACACUGAUUGACGCCAUGAAACACAAUGUUUGCAUGGUGUCUGAUUUUUUCUUCCCAAACAUGGGAGGUGUGGAGAGUCACAUUUACCAGCUGUCACAGUGUCUGUUGGAACGGGGUCACAAGGUCAUUGUCGUCACCCAUUUCUAUGGCAACAGGAAGGGAGUCAGAUAUCUGACCAACGGUCUUAAGGUUUACUACCUACCAUUCCCAGCUUUCUACAACCAGUGUAUCUUGCCGACAAUCUUCACAACCUUUCCGUUGUUGAGGAACAUCUUCAUACGUGAGCACAUCACAAUUGUCCAUGGCCAUUCAGCUUUUUCGACACUAGCUCAUGAGGCUAUGUUCCACGCCAGGACCUUGGGACUGAAGGCUGUCUUCACCGAUCAUUCAUUGUUUGGAUUUGCCGACGCAAGCUCAAUCCUCACCAACAAAAUCUUACAGUUCUCAUUGGCUGAUUGUAAUCAUGUGAUAUGUGUGUCUCAUACAAGUAAGGAGAACACGGUGCUUAGAGCCAGUCUACAACCAGAUGUCGUGUCGGUUAUACCUAACGCAGUGGAUGCCACUACGUUUGUACCAGACCCAACUAAACGACAACCAGGCAAAAUCACCAUCGUCGUUGUGAGUCGGUUGGUAUACAGGAAGGGGAUGGACCUCCUGGCCGGUAUCAUACCCAUCAUCUGUCGGAGACAUCCUGAUGUACAGUUUAUUAUAGGUGGAGAUGGUCCUAAACGAAUUGUUUUAGAGGAGGUGAGGGAACAACAUGAGCUUCUUGACCGGGUUACUUUACUGGGAACACUGAAGCAAACACGGGUCAGAGAGGUGCUGGUUCAGGGUGACAUUCUGGUGAACACCUCGUUGACGGAGGCAUUUUGCAUUGCCAUAGUUGAGGCCGCUUGUUGUGGAUUACAAGUUGUCACUACGAGAGUCGGUGGUGUCCCAGAAGUGUUGCCUCCCGACCUUAUCUACAUGGCUGAACCCACAAUAUCAAGCUUACUGGAGUCUGUUGAGCGCGCUAUUGAAGAUCGUCGUCAAGGGAGGGAAGUACCACCAUUUGAAGCUCACAGAAGAAUCAUGUCACUAUAUACCUGGAGGAACGUGGCCAUGCGGACAGAGAGAGUAUAUGAUAUGGUUUGUUUAGAAGAACAAAGAGAAACGUCUACUAGACUCAAAAGUUAUUACCAGUGUGGUCCUCUAGCAGGGAAGCUGUUUGUCAUUGCUGCAGUGCUCAAUAUUUUCCUUUUGUUUAUCAUUGGAGUUUUACAACCAGCAAAGUUAAUUGAAAGAGCAGCCGAAUUUCCACGACCAUCAGUGAAACAUAGAGUAACGGAGAACAAUCACACUCUUAAAAAUAAAAAAGUAAAGUAUGCAUGAUGAUGUGAUAAGGUGCUAGCCUGUAACUACAUGAUAUAAUUAUAUCAUAAUUCAUAAUAUUUUAUCUAACGAACCUUUUGUUUAUUGCCUUUGAAAGAGGUCGAGUGAUAUAUGAACACUGUUUGUCGUUAAUUCUAAGAUGGAUUCCCGAUGAUUUUCAGGAUGUUCAAACCAUGUAACCAUGCUGUACUUUCUGUUAUGAAUUUUAACAUGGCUGUAUAGCCUACAGACAUUUUGAUAUAGGAGACAGUGGUUUUGUGUUUUAACUUGAAGGACUCUGCUCUCGAUAUGAAUUUCUUCUAUACACCCUUGGAAUAUGUCUAAAAAAAAGAUAAAAGGCUAUUUUUUGACACCCUGCAGAUGAUAAAAGUAAACCAGUCUGGCUUUGAUAAAGAUGGAAUGAAUCGCAGAUCAAAGGAAUCCCGUGACAGCAUGUAAGGCCUGUUAAUGCACAGGCUUUGACGUUGGGUGCAGCUCUUCUGUAAUUUAAAAUGGGAAUGACAUGAUACAUUCAAAGGGUUGUAAGAUAUGUAUUUCAAGAGCAGAACACUCGAUUAUAAUUCCCUAUAUGGCUAAAAGAAGAGAUUUUUUCAAAAAAGCAUCCCAUGAUUUACCUGUACCAUGACACGGAAUGUGUAGUCAAAACAUUCAUAAGUCACAUUUCAUUUUUUCAAAAGAACUACAAACAUUUUAUGGUAGAUGAGACUAUUUUCAAAAAAAUAAUCACAACAUUUUUUUUGUACUAUGAUAUGUACCUGGUAGUCAAAAUAUUCAUCAACAACUAUAUGUCACAUUUUCUUUAAUCAAAAGAACUACAUACUGUACAUAGUAUGGUAGGUGAAGGUUGUUCAACUAAAUGUUAGCUUCCUGAUUUGAUAUCUGCGUUCUAUGAGUUCAUUCUUAUUGCAGAACUUUUUUGUAUUAUUCUGCCACGUAUAUAAAAAAGAAGAGAAAGACAGAAUCAUGAAGGUAUCUGUAAAAAAUGUUGUAUAACAGUUAUGUUUUCUGAGACUAUUAUUUUCAUGAUUUCGACACAAUUAGCAGACUGUAAACACUUGCCAGUGUGAAAUACAUGAUUUAAGCAUCAUAUUGUGAAAUAAAUACAUCGUAAAUUUGAUGCAGAUGUGAAAGUUGAUAUGUUUAUUGUGUCUACCACUUGUCUUUCUAAGCUCAAUCAAAGUAUUUUUUUAAUUCAGCUGUAUGAGUCUUAAGAGAAUCAGGCUGUUGGAUAUUUACCCACUCCCCACUUACAAAUUGAAAUCCACUGAGUGAUAUUGAAAAGGCCUUUUCUGACGCUUGAAGCCAUCAGGCCAUGCUUUUUAUUGUGUGUAUGUUUUCUUCAGAACACUUAUGAGUUUGAAUCCUGUUGAGUGGUGUACAAGGAAACAUGUUGACUGAUGAUCAAAAUCUGAUGUCUAUGUUUACAUACAAUAAUCUUCUGAAGAUUAUUGAUAAUGAAAUCCAUCAAUGAUUUUUAUUAGUUGACAAAUACAUUCAUUAUGUGUCCCCUUCCAAUGCAGGGACAAUUACUGGUUAAUUUUUCGUUUCAAUUCUUUUUAUCAUAACCAUCAUUCCUAACCAUUCAUGAUACUUUGCUGAAAUUACAUUAAUCACACACAAGAGGUGUACCUUGUGUCAUAAUAUGGACACUGUAAUUUAACCUUAAAGUCUAAGGUUAAAUAAGUCCUCAAUUUUCGGGAGAAAACUCCCUAGGCCUUAACUUUUUUAAACCAUUAAAUAUAUGUUGAUGGAACUUGAAGUGUGCCAGUAUCAACGGCAGCAGUGAAAACAAUUGUACAUUGAUUAGGUCACUGUGACCGUCACAUCAAGGUCAAAUGUCAAAUACGUUAUUUGUUAACGAGUGGUUAUAUGGUUGAUAAAGCUAGAAGUAUACUUCCUCACUCACAGAAAUUAAAUGUCAUAUAAGUGUUCAAUAUAAGGUCAUCAAAAACAAAUAUUUACUAAAAUAUUUUGUAUAAAGCAGUGCACAUAUUACGCUAGUGUGUUCAAUUACAAGAGUGAUUUGGGUAAUAUUCAACAACAAUCUUAUAAAACCAGAUCUGUUAUUCCACUCCAACAAAAGAUCUGUUUUUAAUCAGAUGUAUUCAACAGCUAGAAGAGAAAACCAAUUUUACCUCAUUGAAACAAAUUUCUUUUUUACGUUUGAAAGCUUAUCCCAGACUUGUUGGGAAAUUACCUCCAAUUUCGAUCUUGUAAAAUUAAAUUAACUUACAUGUAAUAUGUCUUUGUAGACCAAAUGUUCAGACCAUAGUCAGUCUUCUUGAUGUUUUUAGGAAUUGGGUAUUUUUAUUUAUAAUUCCAAUGUUAAGUUUGGUUAGAAAGGUAAGGUGCUUACUUUUUUUAUUCAAUAUCAUGACAAUGAGAAUGCCUGAUGUUUUUUGUUGUUGUCUAUAUACAUUGUUCAUGUAUAUUUAUUGAUGUCAUGGUGCUUUUUUUCUAGCAUAAUAGUUGAAAGUUGACAUUUGCAUGAUAGAGCAAACGAAAAAUAUUUAGUGAAAGGAAAUAAGGUCAUCCAUCAAACCUCAGUCUUCUGAACAGUGACAAAUCCAGGAUAUGAAAUUUUGUCAGUGUAGCAAUCAAACAAAUAUGGCGGAUGGUCAACUUCCUGUUUACUAAAGGAGUGUCACGAUAUACAAUAAAAUCUUGUUAUUUUCCCGCCAUUUUUUUUAUUAAAUUUUGUUUUAAUUAUGCAAAGUUUGUUUGUAGUACUUUUAGGGCGACCUACAAAAAGGAUGUUAUUGGUAGGUGAGUAUCCAGUAUGAAAGCCUAAAUAGUUUUGAUACAUAACAAAUCGUUUGAUAUAAUAAAUAGCCAUACAGAACAAAUCGUUUGAUAUAAUAAAUAGCCCUUUACUCAAUUUGACUUAAAUUGGUGAUGUUAUGUUUUAUAAGGCUUGGUACAUAAUGCUCAAGGACCUAUACUUUAUGUGUCAACAGUUUCCUAAGGAUGUGCUUAUAUACCUUGAUUAGGUGUAAGUCCCACUUUUAUCAUAGAUCAUACUCAUCCAUUCUACAAAUUGAAAUUACUCUUGGUAAUAUGAAUACAAGUAUCCGUUCCGUCGAAUUAUAACUAUGAUUCCUUAGCUUAAUAAUUUCCACAGCAAAUUUAACAUUGUGUCUGGCGAAAUGAUGUCUGACAAAUAAUAUCUCAAUUACAGAACCUUGCAACCGAAGUCAUCCUUAGAAUCACAGAAUCCUUGGAUGUAGACCUACCAGCAGAUAUAUAUACAACUGUACUACAAAAAUAAGGAUCCUCGCCUGAACAGUCAAAAUAGUACCAGUAAAACAAAAUAGGAAGUAAAUAUCUUAGCCAGUUAAUGCUUUUUAAAAGUAAAAGCGUUCGGACGACGCCAUACCUAUAUAAAAACCCACCCUCGGUAAGACAACCACCUGUUCAAUAGCCUCCAAAUGGUCCGAUGCUAUUUAAAGAGACACGACUGCCAGUCAUGAUCAUAUCAUGUUUUUCAAUGCCUACUGUUCCAUUCUACAAAUUGAUCAUUUUUUGCAUCUUCUUUCCCAGAGAGUGGUUCAUAUCUGUAAUAAGUUGUAAUGCGAUUUUCUGAACUAAUAAGAAAACAAAACAAACUGGAGAUUCAUUUUUCUACCUAAUGCAAACAUAAAACAAAAUGAGGAUAUAUCUUCUUGGUGUAUUUUUAUAUUAAACUAGUCAAUUAAUAGAUAUACUUUAAAAAAAUCAAAUCUGGUUUUUAAUUCUGGACUUUUCUAGUGUAAUGACAAAUAUUCUUGACAUUUAUCAUGUAUAAUAUUUAAUGUAACAUAUAUUUUCGUAAUUUGCUUGCACUGCAAUUAAUAUCUUCAUUUUAUACCUUUUACAUAUAAUGAAAUGUAAUUCAAACAUGACAAAUUUUAUUAAUUGAUACUGCUGUGUUUCACUAUAAGAUUAUUUCAUGUCGAUGGGUGUAGGUUAGGGCAAUUCCUCCAAAGGGGUUUUCAAAUUGGAUAAAACUAGAGGCUUGCUGAGGGGUUUGCACCAAUUUGAAAAGGCAUUUUCUUAUUAUUUACCCGUGGGGAUGGAAAAGUAUUUUUUCUCUAAGUUCAAUUACCAGAAUUAGCUCUGAACACACAUGAAGGUAUCAAACUUUCUGCAUUGCAGUAUCAGAAUGUGCCCGAUUUGUUGACGUCCUGUUAUUGUUGUUCCGUUAUUGUGACAUCACGUUGGGGGCAAGAUAGAACAUUCCUAAUUCCCCUUUUUAUCCUGUCAUAUACCCACAAGAAUGAGAGAAAUGUAUCGUCAUAAUAAAUGCUGAUAUUGAUUUGAAGAUGGCAACAUACAUAUAUAUCUAUUCGAAGUAUAAGUGCAUGAAGUAUGUAAUAAAAUCGAUCCUGAGUUGGUCUUAUGAAUCUUGUUACAAAAGUUUCGUGAUGAGUGAGGUGAAACCUGCUUGUUUGGUGUUGUUAAGGAUAACAAAUUGUAUUAUCAGUCAGACCUGUCGUUUUGUUAGUUUAGUGUUUAUGGAAACAUAAAAUUGCCAUAUAGUGGUAUGAUACUGGAAGAUGUUUUCAUAUUGGUGCUUUUUCCUGUAGAACAUUAGCAUAUUGCUAAAGAUGCUUUACCACUGAUUUUUGAGAAUAUUUCACUGUUUGAAAUAUAUAUUUUGCAUUAUGAUUUUUUUUCCAGUAUCAGAGAUGUUCUAAAUAAUCCAUAAAUACCACUUUGGAAUGAAAAUUCAAAAGAAAAAUAUCAGAAGAAUAACAUCAUAUCUACACCGAAAUUCAUUAUGGAAACAGUCUUGACAUGGGCUGUUCCCAUGAUGAGUUUAUAUUCACGCCGUACACCAUACACCAUCAGUGUGGUUCAGUCUAUUGCAUAAAAGGUAACUCAGAGUUGUGUAUUUUUGAAUAGACUACAUGUUGAAGCACAAGGUUAAACCUGCGAUGCCUUUACUUGAAAGAAAUCCCGUCCUGUACCAAACAAAGAAAUUCCAAUGCUUUGAUAAGCAUAUCUAUCUGGAUGGGAUUUGAAAUAUAUGAGAAUGUAUUAAGAUAAUUUCAUAUAUCGUACUUUUUGUAUGUUAUAUUUAGUCAUUUUAAUACACGAGAACAAGGAAAAAGAAAAUACAAUGCUUGUUGAACCGACAAUCAGCGAUAAACUAUCUUGAAGGUGUAAUGUUGCUUUGUUUAAUAUAUCAAAGCAAGAAUUUUGUAGUGUAAUUUUUAUCACGUUUGUGGCAUCUGUUUUAUAUUUUUAACGGAAUCGGACAUUCAUCACUUACAUGUCAAAUUAAUUUAUUAUAUAUGUGUUGGUACUAUAUGUGUUUUAUCUACAAGUGUGCCAUAGUACUGAAUGCCAAAAGAAACUAUAUAUGAUACCUGUCUAUGUAUUUCAUAAACUAUCUGUUUAAUCAGGGAGUUAGGCUAUCUAAACACGUAGUGCACUAUAAGCUGACAUUGCCGGGUACAUUGUACAAUGUGUGAACUGCUAGUUAUCUUUCUGAAGAGUAACUUCCUACACACUGAUACCCUGAUAAACAUAGAUAAUAUUGAUUAUUUUAAAACGAACCUGUAAGCUUUCUGUUAUUUGGUAUAACAAAAUUCCGCUUAGAAAUGGCAAAACAAUGGUGGUUAGUGUUUUAAAAGUACAUUACGAUAAAUUAUUUACAUUUGUCCAUGUCCCAGGCCGAUGCUUUUUAAGCACCUCAGCCAUAUACUAGUUAGUACACAGAUAGAAUUGUACGAUUUGUUUUUGGAAAAUUAUAUGAUGUGGUGGCAUCUUUACUACACCAAUCUAUUCUCAUUAGAUGUGAUCAUUGAAGCUGGUCUAUAACCGACAGUGCGGCAGUGAUUUGCUUGAGAUGCGCUGCUUUCAGAACACAUGCAUGAAAGUUGAGUGUAGCGGCAUGCUAUCAAUACAUGUAAUAACAAAUGGAUAUAUAAAGUUCGUUUAUUAUCAUAACAUGUAGUAGUAUUUUAAAUUUAAUUUUGAGAUUGUUUUGAUUAUUUAUAAGCUUCUCGUAUUAUUUAGAUACAUAUUUAAUGCAUUCAUUACAGUUUUGUUGAUGACAUCUGUAAAACUAGUAACUAUUGUCAGUUUUUGUUUUUAUAUAGGUGAUUCAAGUCGUAAUUCAUUUCACUGUUUCGUAUAUUUUGUACCUACUACGAAAAUUGUAUAUUAAAUUUGAU